AGGCUUCGACCAUUUUCAGGGUUUUAUCAGAUUUGUUUUUAUUUCGUCUUCGCUCAGAUCUGCAGGGAAGUGAAGCGUAACGAUGUGGAAAGCAGCAGCAGGUCGUUCUGUCUCCGUCACUGUGGAUGAGAACACUGAUGACUGGGAAACUGAUCCCGACUUCGAGAAUGAUGUGACAGAGAAGGAGCAGCGCUGGGGUGCCAAAACAGUGCAAGGUUCAGGACAUCAGGAGCACAUCAAUAUCCACAAGCUGAGAGAGACGGUGUCGACUGAGCACAGUGAUCUGAAGCAGAAGGAGCUGGAUGACAUGCCCAAGGCUUCACAUGGCUACGGGGGCAAAUUUGGAGUUCAGCAGGACAGAAUGGACAAGUCUGCUGUGGGUCACGAGUAUCAGAGUAAACUAUCGAAGCACUGCUCCCAGACCGACACGUCCAAGGGAUUCGGAGGGAAAUUUGGAGUUCAGACUGACCGUGUCGACGAGUCGGCUGUAGGGUUCGAGUAUGCAGGGCGGACGGAGAAACACGCCUCCCAGAAGGAUUACACCACCGGGUUUGGGGGUCGUUACGGUGUACAGACUGACCGCGUGGACGAGAGCGCUGUAGGCUUUGAUUAUCAGGGCAAAACUGAGAAACACGAAUCCCAAAAAGAUUACACCAAAGGAUUCGGUGGAAAGUUCGGAGUUGAAACUGAUAAAGUGGAUAAAAGUGCGGUGGGAUUUGAGUAUCAGGGCAAAACCGAGAAACACGAGUCACAGAAAGACUAUGUCAAGGGAUUCGGAGGGAAGUUCGGGGUGCAGGCGGAUCGUCAGGAUAAAUCUGCUAUGGGUUGGGACCAUCAGGAGAAACUGCAGCUUCAUGAAUCUCAGAAGGAUUAUAAGCGUGGGUUUGGAGGGAAAUACGGGGUGGAGGCUGAGAAGCAGGAUAAAUCCGCACUUGGCUUUGACCACAAAGAGAGUCUGGCUAAGCACGAGUCUCAACAAGAUUACGCAAAAGGGUUUGGAGGAAAGUUUGGAGUGCAGAAGGACCGAAUGGACAAGAGCGCUGGAACGUUUGAUGAGGUGGAGAGGCCCAGCACUACUUAUCAGAGGACCAAACCUGUCGAAGCAGUUGGAAGUGGAACAGGAAAUAUUAAAGCUCGCUUUGAGAACCUGGCGAAGCAGAAUGAAGAAGAGGAUAAGAAACGAGCACAGGAGGAGAGAGCUCGACGACAAACCAAGGAGAAACAGGAGCAGGAGGAAGCUCGUAUAAAAGCUGAGGAGAGGACCAGAGCUCAAGCCCCGUCCCCUGAACCGAGCCGCACCACCGCUGCUCCACGCUACCAGGAGAGGACCAGAGCUCAAGCCCCGUCCCCUGAACCGAGCCCCACCACCACUGCUCCACGCUACCAGAAGGCCGAGGAGAAAGCAAAAAACGUGUAUGAGAAGGCCGAGGAGAAAGCAAAAAACGUGUAUGAGAAGGCCGAGAAGAAAGCAGAAAGCGUGUACGAGGUGGAAUCGACUGUGGAGGAGGAGGAGGAUCUCUAUCAGAGCGAAGAAAAGGAACCAAAGAACCAGUACCAGGCUGCAGAUACUCAGUCCUAUGAUUACGGGGAGGAUUUGGGAGUGACCGCGGUGGCUCUGUACGAUUACCAGGCCGCCGGUGACGACGAGAUCUCCUUCGAUCCUGAUGACAUCAUCACCAACAUCGAGAUGAUCGAUGAGGGCUGGUGGAGGGGCGUGUGCAGGGGCGCUUACGGACUUUUCCCCGCCAAUUAUGUCGAAGUCCGGCAAUAGGCCACUCCCACUGGCCAUGCCUACGGUCCAGGAGGAGAAGAGAGGCUGUUUCGUUUUCUUUUGCACAUUUUUCUUGUCCGUUCUUUUGUUUCCCUCUUGGCGGUGCUUUCGGCGUUCUCAGGUCUCUACAUCGCUCUCUUCAGCGUUACUUCGUGUUAGCAUUAGCUUUAGCAUAGAGCUAAAUCCUAGAUUAGGUUAGCGCAGUAGGGACAAUUAAAGGAUGAUUUAGUGAGACGACAGAAGAUGGGCUUCGUACAUUCGGAGACAGAAAAUUAAAAUCACGAUUAGAAAGAAAGAAAUGCAUGAAACAGAAAAAUUAUAAAAAUUAAUCUGAUUUUAAUCAUUUAGAUCUGCGAUUACAAAUAUAUCAAAUAUAUAUAAAAGGAGUAAAAGGUUAAAGUUAAAAAUGGCAGUAACCAAUUAUUAUUAGAUCAUCACUCGCACUCAUCUUGUUUUUGUAUGUUUAUUUUUUAUUUCCAUUUGUAAGUGUAAUAUUCAGCGGUGGGUUUGUGGGUUUACAUUAAUUCCUGUUUUUGUAUUCAUCUAUAAAAUGUAUUAUUAUUUUUGUUUGCAUCUGUCGCUCAUCUGUUUCUAAUCGCUUCUGCACUGUAUUUGUUGGUUUGAUCGUAGCGAUGCUCGAUUUCAGUUUUAUUUAUUCAUCAGUUAAAGAAAAAGCUUCAGGUUUUGUUUUUAGCUCAGAUAUACGAAGACGUAACCGCUCACAAAUAAAAUUAAUCAUUAUUGGGGCGCCCAGGUGGCACGACGGGAUAUUCCGCUAGCACACCAGCGCUGAGAUUCUGAACUCCUCGGGUCGAAACUCGGCGUUGCCACAAGUCGGCUGGGCGCCAUCUAGCGCGCAUAAUUGGGAUGACUGGAAGGAUGACCGGAAUAUGUGGGUGGGGUUCCAUUAAGGGCUACGUGUGGGUAGGAGGAAGCGUGAGCAGCAGUAUACUGUCCUCAACUGCAAAAAAUCGGGGAUCCCCAGAAGACAAAUUGACUACAAUAAAUUGGGAGAAAAAUGUGAGAAAAUGUAUAAUAUAUAUAU